GCCGCAGGUAAUUGACAGGAAAAAUCUGCAAUCAAUGAAACUCGACAAAAUCGACCAACCAUCUUUGGAGCUACAGCUUGACAACAGUGCGUACACCUUGUUAAGCAAUGAAAUCAUCGAGAAGACUCAUGAACUGAGGCAGAUGAAGGGAGAAGAGCUCCAAGGAUUGAACAUGGAAGAACUACAGAAACUAGAGCAACUUCUCAAAGUAGGCUUGAGCCGCGUUUCAAAUACAAAGGAUGAAAGAUUUGUAGAAAAGAUCGGUGCCCUUGAGCAGAAGGGAGCUCAAAUGAUGGAGGAUAACAAGAGACUAAAGCAGCAGAUGGAAAAGCAGUUUAACAUUCUAACAAAUGUAAUUGAACAAGGUCACUCAUCUGAGUCGACCACCAAUAUUUGCAGCUCAGCUGAUCCUCCUCAAGGCCAAGACAACGACACUUCUCUCAAGUUGGGGGUGUUUGAUCUCAGAAGAUUUAGAUUUUGGUGUCUGUAUAAAUGUUGUUUUCUUUUGGUGGGAGUUGUUUGUGGCAUAUGAGGAGUUGUCUGUAUCAAUGAUGCUUUGUUGGAAUAGGAGGAUCUUGUGGAUUUCUGUUGGAGAGUGUUGUAUUCUUUGUUUUG